CCAAGACCGGCGUGGAUGAAGACAAAGUCGCGGACGAGCAGGCAGAAUUCCAUUUUAACAUCUGGCUGCGCGUCACACAGGUCGACCCUCCGCAGCUCUAGAAGAAGAAGAGCCUGAGAGAAAGAAGACUUUAUAAGAGGUUUAUAAGAGAUCGAUACUAAAGCCCUGCUUUGGACCACAGGAAGGAUAAGUGCCUUUUUCACCAGUUUUUCACCAACUUUUCACAAGAGCUACUGAACAAGGACUCCUGACCAUGGGGAGCGUGCGUGUGUGCUUCUGCCUGGCUCUGCUGCUGCCGUGGAUCGCCCAGGGCCACAGGAGCGGCCCGGCCGCCCUCGCCGGACUUGACGAAGACGCACAGAGGCAGGUGCUGGACGUCGACAUCCUGAGCCGCAUACGCGCCCUGGACUCGUUGCUCCGGUCGGAGCGUCACGCCGCGCCCCGGCGAGAGCGAGCCCCGCGGCCGGCCCCCCAGGUGCCGAAGAGGGCCCAGCAGGGGUCCCGCUUCGCCCUGUCCCUCGACGUUCCCACCAGCAUCCUCAGUGUCCUCAUAGACCUGGCCAAGAACCAGGACAUGAGAACCAAGGCUGCGGCCAACGCUCAGCUGAUGGCACGCAUAGGCAGGAAGAAAUAAGAGAGCGGGGCCCUCGGGGGCCUCGGGGGACCUCAAUGGACAAAGUCUCGCUUCAUAGAGGAGUUAACUUCUUACAUUGUGUCACUCGGCACCUGGUUAGACUGUUAGUUCAGGUGAAAUCAGCCAUUAUGGUCAGUAUCUGUCCAUCAGAGCUUACAUUUGUUUCACUUUUAUACUUGGCCUUAAAUUAUUAUAUUUUACACCCAAGACCACGCUCCAUUCUUCUAAACAAAAGUGAAUAAGAAAGAGCUGGUAUUUCGUCUCAAAGAUUAUCCACCCGCGGGUCCGAAACUGUGAUCGGGUUCUGAAACCUGUUUCUUGUGUUUGCAUGUGUGAUCUUGAAUUCAAAAGAAAAAAAACGGUUAUCCAAUUAAAUCCAAUAUGAUGAUCAUA